UUUUCUUAUUCAGGAUUUCGGAGGGUAGAGGCGGGAAAGGGGCUGGUGGAGAGAGGGAUGGCGAGCAAGCUUAUCAGCCAAAUGGGGCUUCCUCAAUCCAUUGCAAACGUCUUUGCUGCCCGGAAUAUCCAGACUGCCAAGGAUGCACUGUCGUAUACUGAAUUUGAGCUGAUGGAGCUGUUAGAUGUGGGGUUGGCUGAAGUGACAUCAGCAGUAGCACAAAUCAGUGAAGUCACAUGUCCAUCAUAUCAAACUGCACUCCUGCUCAUGGAGGACCGUCUCCAUAAUGGUUACUUGGUUGGCCAUCUUUCUACGCGCUUGAAAGGUGUGGAUGAUGCCUUAUGUGGAGGAAUACCAUCUGGUGCUUUGACUGAAUUGGUUGGCCCAGCAGGAAUUGGCAAAACACAGUUCUGUCUAAAGCUUGCAUUAGCAGCUGCCCUUCCUGUAUGUAAUGGGGGAUUAAAUGGCCGUGUGAUAUAUAUUGAUACAGAAUCUAAAUUUAGUUCAACAAGGAUGAUAGAGAUUGGGAAGAACAGUUAUCCCGAGCUAUUUCGCAUGGAAGGAAAGGCCCAGGAGAUGGCGGGCAGAAUUGUAGUUUUGCGACCAGCAUCUCUGUCUGAAUUCACUGAAAGCUUGCAAGAAAUCAAGGUGUCUGUCUUACAACAUCAGGUGAAGUUGCUAAUUAUUGAUAGUAUGGCUGCUCUUGUUUCUGGGGAAUAUGAAAGGGAUACAAGAGCUCCUAGAAAAAAUUCGUUAGGUUGGCAUAUUUCUUUCUUAAAAUCACUUGCAGAAUUUUCACAAAUUCCAAUUGUGGUGACCAACCAAGUGCGGGCUCAAAGCAGUGAUGUGGCCCAUUAUCCUUUCGAAGUGCAUAACAUGGAUCAGACUGUUAAAAAUCAUGAGCACCUAGAAUCUCAUCUAGUUGCUGCUUUAGGGAUACAUUGGGCUCAUGCUGUCAACAUUCGUCUUGUGCUUGAAGCUCAUUCAGAUCAAAGGUUUAUAAAGGUGGCAAAAUCACCAUGCUCUCCACCAAAGGCGUUUCCUUUUGUUGUGACAUCAGGAGGAAUUUCCUUACUAAGCGACGAAGGAAUAGAAGUAAUGGGACCAGAAAUAAACACAAUUCGAUGUCAAGGCUACGACAAUCUUGUUCGGGGAGAAAGAUGGUGAUGACUUUAUAUGAAGAGAGGACCAAUCUAUACUUGAUCAUUUUGUGGGUAAUUGUGCAACUUCAAAUCUUCAAUACAUUUUAGUAAAUAGUAGUUUGCUAGUCAUGCACUCAUGUGUAAGGCAGCCCCGCUAGAUGCCAUGACAUGUGCCACUGCGGGCCUGCAGCAUGUCUGGGAGAUAAAAGUCGUCUAUUAUGUGUGUUCCAUCUUGUUGAUGCCUUGGCCCAAAAUUCUCUGGAUCACCUGUUAGGUGGCCGGCAGCGUUGAAAACGCUCGACGGCAUAAAAGACUUGGCCUUGUUUUUCUUAGCUCUCCAUUUGGUUCAUGCAUGGACUCUCAGUUGAUGAGUGGAUUGGCCUGAUGAUUGGGCCAGGGCAUCUACAUGUCAUGGCCCGCCUGAUGGACAGCUUGUAUGUUUGGCACAUGCCUGCUCAGCACGUGUAUGAGUAGAGGGGCUGUGUUGCCAUUGAGGAAAAUCUGUUUUCGUUUCAUUUAUACUCCCCUGACAUCCUUGAACUUGAGCAGCCCAUUUCUCGUUUUCUUCAUCGACUCAGAUAUGAAGUGAGCUGAAUUUGACAUGUCACUUAGGUCUAUGCUGAGAUCAGCUUUUUUCUCAUGAACUACUCAAGUUUUGCAUUAACUCAGUGCAUCUGCUGUUUCCUCCUAAAUUCACCUGAGUUCUACAGUCACCCAGUGGAUCGGUUAGUUAUGGAGCAUUCAUGCAAGUUUUCCAGAGUGGUGUGUUUGGCUAAUAUGUAGAUUGGGGAUUUGAACGAGUCUUUCUCCCUAGCAUUUCUAAUGACCUACUUUAUGUUUCAGCUACACUAAAAAAUAUAAACAAAAAAUCUUAGUCAUUGCAUCAGUGCAUACAAUCAAUCCUAGCCAUUGCAUCAGUGAUGUAUAAUCAAAUUUUUAGGUAUGAUAAGCUGCAUUGCAGA